GAACAUAGUCUACGGCCGACUGAGCAGGCAUCGCACUUGCAGAUCUCGUCGUGCAGGAGCUGCGAACAGGAUGGAGGAAAAGCUUUUGGCCGAGCUGAGCGGUCACGCGUCGAGAACGGGUUAUCCUCUGAACUCUGAGGCGUUCGCUCGCGCUAUGGAUGAAACUGAUGAGCUCAGGUAUCUCAGGGAAGAGUUCCGCUACCCGAAAAUGAAGGACCUGCCCUGCACUGCCGAGAAAAGUGAUGAGGAAUGCGUGUACUUCUGUGGGCAUUCUCUCGGCCUGAUGCCGCGAUCAGCAUCCUCAAAUAUUAAUCGAGUUCUGGAAUCUUGGGCUCAGAUGGGCGUCGAACAUCACGCUCACGGAUACCUCAAGGCAGCAUAUUGUGAGCUCUCCCCGAAGAAUCAAAUGGCUCGACUAGCCGGAUGCCAUCCCGAGGAAGUGGUCAUCAUGAACGGAUUGACCGUCAAUCUACAUCUUCUCAUGCUGAACUUCUAUCGUCCGUCAUCCGAGAGGUACAAAAUUCUCAUCGAGGGAGCAGCUUUUCCAUCUGAUAUGUACGCGGUCAAAUCUCAAUUGGCACUCCACGGAUACAGUGUUGAAGAAGGAUUGAUCCAGUUGGAAGGGCGGGGUGAUAGCGAUAUCAUCGACGAGGAAGACAUUGUCGAGGUUUUGAGAUGCGAAGGGUCCAGAAUAGCUCUAGUCGUACUCCCGACUACCCAAUACUACACGGGUCAAGUUUUCGAUAUCGGAAUGCUCACGGAGGUAGCUCAUCAACAGGGCUGCCUGGUGUUGUGCGAUGCCGCCCACUCGAUCGGAAACGUCACCUUGAAGCUUCACGAGUGGGACGUCGAUUGCGCCGUCUGGUGUUCGUAUAAGUAUCUCAACAGUGGGGCGGGUGGAGCAGGGGCGGCUUUUAUCCACAGACGCCAUCUCAAAAAACUUCCCGCCGUGCAUGGAUGGUGGGGCAACGAUACUGCGACGAAAUUCCUAAUGAAGCGGGAUUUUGAGCCUGUACCGAACUCCGCCGACAUGUACAAACUUUCGAACGCACCGCCCGUGCUCAUCGCUCCGAUGAUGGCGUCACUGGAUAUAUUCGACCGAGCGUGUGAGGGAAAACGUCUCCGCAAGCAGCGGCUUUUGACGGGGUUUUUAGAAUAUUUACUUUUAAAAAUGAGUUCCUCGGGUCUUCCUCUGAUACAAAUCACGCCCCGCGAUCCAAAUCGGCGGGGUUCGAUGCUGUGUGUGAAGCUCUCGUCAGCACCCGAGAACCUACAUAGUCUACUCCAGGAACGAGGCGUUGUGUGUGACGUACGCCAGCCUGGGGUGAUCAGGAUCACUCCGUGUCCUUUGUAUAACUCGUUCAUGGACGUCUGGCGAUUCGCUCAGAUUCUAGGCUCGAUCCCUACAGACUCAAGAAUCGCUAAUGAAUGA